AUAGCAGAGCAGACAUUUGGCACCGCAACAUGCCUUCACUCCACUGGGAGAGAGUGUUGCUUGGGACUGCUUGCUGUGCAGUGACUGUGACCCUCUGUUCCCUGUGCAUUUGGCAGCUUGUCGUCAGGUUUCACAAAGAAACUACAGGACCUGUGGUACCUCCUUGCUUCUGCCUCAAUGGUGGAUUCUGCCAGGAUGAAGCCUGUGUGUGCCCCAACGAGUGGGCUGGACAAUUUUGUGAUAUAGUUAACGUUUGUGAAGACAGCGUUUAUGCAGUGAAUGUUUCUGAAAAUGUUAUAAAAAACCUUACUUUUGAAAGGAUUUUAGUGGGUAAAUACAGCAGCUCCAAGGAGAAGUGUGAACCUACUACUGUGAAUGGUAACUCCUCAGUUGCAGUCCGGCUGUGUACCAGAAAGGGAAUAAUUCCAGUUUUAGAGACUCCCAGGAUUCUGAAUUGUAAUGAAAGUCUGGAUUCUCUAGCAUUACAGGUGGAAACUGCAGACACCAGCAAUGUUUCAGCAAUUGCAAGUAAUACUCAGAUCCUUACCUCUAUUCCCAGUCGACUGACAACACAGGACAUCUCUGCUGCUGUGAAUAUUGCAGUGCAGAUUCUAAGAAAACCAAAUGUUACAGAAGAUUCUCAGGCAUCUGUGGCAGUUUUAACUACAGUAAGUCAGCUCUUGGAUGCCAACAAAACAGAAUUUGAUGACAAUAAUCUUGUCAAUGUUACAGCAAGCCUCACAAAAACAAUGGAAGAAUUUUCUUUGAUAAGCAAUGUCACUCAGCCCAAUGUUGCAGUCCAGUCUGUUCCACUGAAAUUGAACUCCUCUACAGUUCUGUUUUUGGCACAGAGAGAUACAACCCUGUCAUAUUUUCCAUCAACAAAACUAGAAAUACAGGAAAACGUCCCUGGGCUUACUAGUGAACUCAGUACUGAAGUCCAGAUACUGCUCAAUAUUAAAAGUAACAGUUCUUCAAAUGAUGGCAGAGUUGGCUUUGUCCUUUAUCAAAAUGACAAACUCUUCCAGUCAAGGAUUUAUAGGAGUAACAAUAAUUUAUCUAAACAAAUUAUUUCUGGCAAUAUUGAUGGCGGAAGAGCCAGUGGUGUUGAAAUAGCCUUCAAUCCCAAGUACAACACAUCCGAACUUCAGCUGCGUGAUCAUGCCUGUGUCUUUUGGGACUAUGCUAUCAACGACUGGAGCACUGCAGGCUGUAUGAAAGGAAGAGACCAAUUCUUGAGAUGCAAGUGCAAUCACACUACUAAUUUUGCUGUUUUGAUGGCCUUUCAGAUCAAAUAUAAAUACGCUAAGCCUUUGGAGUAUAUCUCUUACAUUGGUGUUGGAUUGUCCAUUGCUGGUCUCACUACUACCAUUUUGUUUCAAAUAUUCACUAGGAAAACACGAAAGUCGUCUAUAACAUGGAUGUUAGUGAGUCUCUGUUCCUCCAUGCUAAUUUUUAACAUCAUCUUCAUCUCUGGAAUUGAAAACCAAAAUGCCAGGAAAGACAGUAGUGAUACCAGUGGAAACAACCAGCAAUUCAGUACUUACACCACCAAUACCAUGCUCACAUCUGAUGUGGUAGAUCCUCCUGCAGAUGCCUGGUGCACGGUUGUGGCUGUCCUGCUGCACUACUUUUUGUUGGCAACAUUUAUGUGGACAGCACUCAAUUCUGCACAACUGUACUUACUGCUGCUUAGAACCAUGAAACCCUUUCCUGGACACUUCAUUGUAACCAUGUCAGCAAUCGGAUGGGGGGUCCCUGCUGUAGUAGUUGCAAUAACACUUGGAGCUACUUAUGGAGAAGGGAAAGCUUUAAACUACCGACAGGAAGAAUUGUUCAUCAAGAUCAUUGUUUCUGUGAUAUGGAAGGAGAACAAGAAUCUGACAAGAAAUAAAAAGGAUUCGCUCAUGAAAAAGAUGACUGGACUUCAGAUUUGUAUUCUGUACACUUUCAGAUCACCAAUCGUCAAGAAAAAAGUUUCUGAAGUGUUUUCUGUGUUGAGAGUACCAGAGAUACAAAUUUAUCUGCAUUCAGAAAUUUACCAUGUUUCAAAAUCACAGCCUGCAAAGCAUUCCCAAGGAAUUUUCAGAUUAUCUGAAAUUUCUACAGAAAAUAUUUCCUUGUCCACUCUUCCUAAUGGCUGUUAGAAAUCUAUAAAUAUAUUAAAUAUAAUCCUACAUUUUUA